AUGAUUCAAAAAACUUCAACAGGACAAAUUAUUUUGGUUUUUAUUGUUUUAUUUUUUGUUAUCGCUACUACAGAAGCCGGACCUUUGGAAUAUGGCUGUUGCCAGACUGCUUGUAAUCUUGCAUGGGUCAGUUGCUACGCGGCCUCUGGUCUUACGGCAGGGACAUUAACCGGAGGUGCAUCAUUACCGGCGGCAGCUUUGGCAUGUAAUGUUUGUCAAGGAGUGUGCAUGACUGUCUGCGCAGGCUGCUUUUUGGCACCAACCCCAUGA